AUAUCACCUCACCUCGUCUUUGUCUUCCCCUUCCCCUUCCCCUUCUCCUUCCCCCAAUCAUCCAACUUUUGUUUCUCAUCCAUUUUCCUUCAUUUUCUCGCUUCCUUUUCUUCACUCCGUCAAAAUCCACCAAAUAUUCUCCUCUAAUUCCCCCAACAAACUUCAUCUUUCUCCAAAAACUCAGAUCCGAAGAUCUCAAUCUCAGUAUAUUUUCUUAACCUUCUUUUCUCUUUUUUUCUUUUUCUUUUUCUUUUUUCCCAUCACAUUCCCCUUAUAAUAUUUUCCCAUUUCCAACCUCAUUCUUGUUCUUAUCAUUUUCCUCUCCACAUGGAAUGUGUGUUCUCACCUUUUUAUUACGGAUGGUGUUCGUCGUUUGUUCUGCGUGAUUUCUCGUUUUAAUGGAAUUUCCGAUCAUUUCCAUCAUCUGCCUGGAAGGUGUGGAUCAGAGAUUCAGAGGCAGUGUUUGAUGAUUUGAAUUAAGAAUCGACGCUGUACUUGGAUUGGGAAAGGAAUUGUCUGAAGAGGAAGCAUUUUUGUGGCAUUUUUUUUGUAUGGUGGACUAAAUUUUGAGUUGAUUGAUAUAUCAAGGGAGAGCUUGGUGGAUUAGUUAAUUAGGUCAUGGAGCAUAUUAUAGGUGGGAAGUUUAAGCUUGGAAGGAAGAUCGGUAGCGGAUCAUUUGGGGAACUUUAUUUGGGUACAAAUGUACAGACAGGAGAGGAAGUGGCUGUGAAGCUGGAAUCUGCAAAGACCAAGCACCCACAGCUUCACUAUGAGUCAAAACUAUACAUGCUUCUUCAAGGAGGAACCGGUAUCCCCCAUCUCAAAUGGUUUGGAGUUGAAGGUGAUUACAAUGUCAUGGUUAUUGAUCUCCUUGGGCCAAGCCUAGAAGAUUUGUUCAACUACUGCAAUCGGAAACUGUCCUUGAAGUCAGUUUUGAUGCUGGCAGAUCAGUUGAUAAACAGAGUUGAAUAUAUGCAUUCACGGGGUUUCCUUCAUCGUGACAUAAAGCCGGACAAUUUUCUAAUGGGUUUGGGGCGAAAGGCUAAUCAGGUGUACAUCAUUGACUAUGGUCUUGCGAAGAAGUAUAGAGAUCUUCAGACACACAAGCAUAUACCAUACAGAGAAAAUAAGAAUCUCACGGGAACUGCUCGCUAUGCAAGUGUCAAUACUCAUCUUGGAGUUGAGCAAAGCAGGAGGGACGAUUUAGAGUCACUGGGCUAUGUGCUGAUGUAUUUUCUUAGGGGAAGCCUUCCUUGGCAAGGACUGAAGGCAGGGACUAAAAAGCAAAAAUAUGAUAAGAUCAGUGAAAAGAAGAUGCUUACUCCAGUAGAGGUCCUCUGCAAGUCAUAUCCAUCAGAAUUUACAUCCUACUUUCACUAUUGUCGGUCACUGAGGUUUGAAGAUAAACCUGAUUAUUCAUAUCUGAAGAGAUUAUUCCGAGACCUUUUCAUCCGUGAAGGAUAUCAAUUUGACUAUGUAUUUGACUGGACUAUACUCAAAUAUCCACAGAUUGGCUCCAGUUCAAAACCACGACCUAGUGGAAAACCAGGUCACGCCCCAGGACCAUCCGCUGAAAGAGGGGAAAAGCAUCCAGUGGGACAAGAUAUCCGAGAUAGAUACUCUGGUGGAGCAGAGGCAUUCGGAAGAAGGAACGCCAGUGGGCAUUUGCAUGGUGAUCAUUCCAGACACAGAUCUGAUGAUGUACCAUCUUCCAAGGAUGUGCAACCUGAUUCAGAAAGGGGCCGCAGUAGUUAUAGGAAUGGAAGCAUUUCAAAGAGGCCUGUUCUAUCAAGCAGUCGACCAAGCUCCUCUGGGGAGCCAAGUGAAAUCCGAUCAAGUCGUCUGGUGUCAGCCAGUAGUCGUCUAUCUGCAGGCCAAAGGGUUCAACCUGGUUUUGAGUCCAAAACGACAACUUUUACCCGUUCUUCAACUACAAAAGGUGGUCGUGAUGAUACACUCCGGAGCUUUGAGCUGUUGUCUAUUGGAACUGGCAAGAGGAAAUGAAAAAAAGGAUACAGAUCAAUGUGGGUAAGUAGUGACUGUGUGAAUGGUCAACAAAACACCCUAUGUAUCUUCUGUAAAAUGCCCCAGCUCUAUGGUAUUUUAUAUCAAUUGAACAUGUAUAUGUGUAUCUCGAUCAUUAGUUGGCUCAGUUCGUCCACACUAUAAAAUUUAAUGAAAUCUCCAAAAAACAUUGGUUGGAAGCGAAAGCGAAACCUCCAUGGAUUUUCUUGGUUACAAUGGUGCUUCUUUCGUUCUAGGAAUUUGUUAAUACAUUUGAGACAGUUGUAAUAUACCUUCCAGGUAAAAUCUUUCAGGUGAAGGGACCCUGCUGAAACUCAAA